GCCAUAAUUUAUUUAAUGCGUGCAGCUCGCUCGGCCGUCUCCCUUCCAUUUCCUUAUUCCUCUUUCCCCGUACAUUAUAUAUAUAACACUCAGCCAGGCCAAACAAGAAACACAGAAGCACCUCACUCAACUCUAAAAAGGCAGAAACUCACGUUUCCGUCACGAAAGGUCGUAUCUACAGGCUACAGCGACGCAAAGAAAAGAAAAGAACGUAUGGGUCCUCUCAAACGCCAUUCUUUUCCGUCUCCCUUGGCGCCGUUUCUGUUCCUGACGGCGUUGCUAAGCGUCGUCGCUGCUUCAAGGGCGAGGCUUCCGGCGAACGUCACCGUGCCGGCGAUUUUCAUUUUCGGAGACUCGAUCAUGGACACCGGGAACAACAACAACCUGGCCACCGUCGUCAAGGCCAACUUCCAGCCCUACGGUGUGGAUUUCACCGGCGGUCCCACCGGCAGGUUCUGCGACGGCAAGGUUCCCUCCGAUAUCAUCGCUGAAGAAUUGGGAAUCAAAGGCAGCGUUCCAGCAUAUUUGGACCCAAGCCUACAGCCCAAAGAUCUGUUAACUGGAGUCUCCUUUGCUUCAGCAGGCGCUGGAUUCGACCCCAUAACAGCAAAAUUAGUGGUACUUUAAAAGUCCUUUCGUUUCCAAUGUCUAGUGCUGAAUAAUUGAUCUACUAACAAGUUUUCAUGCUAUUUAAUCCGUUAUGUUCCAAACAAUACAGUCAGUUUUGUCAUUGAGCCAACAACUCCGAUACUUCAAAGAAUACACUGCCAAGGUGAAAUCCAUGGUUGGAGAAAAGAGGACCCAUUUCAUCCUAGGCAAUGCAGUGUAUCUAGUGGUUGCUGGAAGUGACGACAUCGCGAACACUUACUUCCUUCUUCGAGCGAGGAGUAACUAUGACAUUCCUAGUUAUACCAGCCUUAUGUCUGAUUCUGCUUCGAAUUUUGUUCAAGAAUUGUACAAGUCCGGGGCGAGAAAGAUUGGGGUGUUCAGUGCGCCGCCAAUUGGGUGUGUGCCAUCGCAAAGAACUGUGGGAGGCGGGCUUUUGAGGGACUGUGCCGAUGAUAGAAACCAAGCAGCCAUUCUUUUCAACUCCAAGUUGAAAUCGAAGUUGAAUUCGCUUGGUCAAACCUUAUCAAAUUCAAGGGUUGUCUUCAUCGAUGUCUACACUCCCUUGUUACAAAUCAUUCAAACCCCUAAAAAAUACGGGUUUGAAAUCUCGGAGAAAGGAUGUUGUGGAACAGGAGUACUCGAGGUGUCCAUCUUGUGCAAUAAGCUCACUCCGCCUUGCUCCAAUAUCAAUGCACAUGUGUUUUGGGAUAGUUAUCAUCCUACUGAAAAGACGUACAGGGUUCUAGUUACCACGUUGCUGGCUAAAUACUCCCGUUACUUAGUGGGGUGAUUUAUUUUGAAGUUUUCAUAAGAAAAAGAGGUUGGCCUAGUAAAAUUAUCCAUUAAUGUCACUGUUUACAAUUUAAUAUUGUUUUCCGGCGAGAAAACUAGCGUUGAAUUGAGAUGGAUUGCACCUUUGACUUCUUUGGACAACGAUCACUAAACACGGCUCACACCUCUUCAAACAAAGUUCGAACGAGGGUGUUCGAUUGAUGGUUUUUUGGGAAC